AUGGGCUCUCCGCGCGCAUUGGGCUCCCCGCGUGCCGUCGGCUCUCCGCGCGCAGUGGGCUCUCCGCGCGCCGUGGGCUCCCCCCGGUCCGUCGGCUCUCCGCGAGCCGUGGGCUCCCCGCGUCCGCGCCGCGUCAACAGCAUCGGAGGUGGAGGGACUCUCGCGCGCGUGCGAAGCGGCGGGGGAGGCGGAGGCCAUGAGGGGGCGGGGAACAAAGCCCUUUCUCCCCCUACGGGGUUUCCCCCGCGGCCCCGCGGAAUAAUGGUGAAAUCGUCCAGCCUAUCUGUAAGCUCGCUCGAUCAGCCGUAUCGACGGUCCGUGUCGUUCGAUCUCGGAGACGACGACGAGCCCGCGGGCUGCGUCCGAAGCGCGUCGAACCCCUCGCUGCUGCACGUAAGGGGCGGAACCGGCGCAGACGCGGGAAGGGCGGGGGGAAAGGGGGGGAUUGCGGGACGCCCCGAGGACGAUGUGGGGGAUGAUAGUUCCAGUAUAGACAGUCUCGAUUGGGAAGGGGAGGAGGAGGACGUGGGCGGAAGGGAGCAGGAGCAAGAGAAGCGCGGGCGGCUCUCUCACGCGGGGUUGACUCCGCGGGACUCCCCCGCGCAACCUUCCCUUCCGCGCAACCGCUUUCCGCAAGACCUCGGCGCGCCCCGCGCUGCUGGUUCCAGCCGCGGGGGUCCCGACGGCGCGACUGCGCCAGGCGGUGCGCGCGCCGCGCACCGGCGGUCGCUCUCCUCCCCCGCGCACGACCUUGCUCCGCUUCCCCUGAGUUCCGCGUCGGGGGAAGCGGUGGUGGCGGGAACAGUGCUGGCUCCACGUAGGCAGGCUAGGCACUCGGAUUACAGCGACGAGAGUGACAAUAGCGAGGGUGACGGUGCCGGGGAGGGGGGUCAGGGGCGGAUGGUAGGCGCGCGGGGCAGGUCCGCUGGUGCAGGUGCAUCAGCGGGGGGGAAAAGCAGGGGGGUGGCUGGUGAGGAGAGGGGAGACAGGGGAGGGCGAGUGGCGGGAAGGGGCGGGGCAAGGGGAGGAACGAUCAGCGACAGCGACCGGGGGGAGGGGCGAGGGCUCGAGCAGUCGGUUAGGCAUCCCGUGAAAGCGGGGGAAAGGCGAGGGGGAGGGGGGGUUGGCGGAGAAUCGGGAGAGGGGGACGUUGUGGGCCUGGCUGUUGGGGGCAGUGGGGGGGGCAUGGGGCAGCCGUUUGUGAUGCAGUUUAAGGUGGCUGGGGUGCUGAGUGGGGAGGAAGAUGAGGAGGAGGAUGAGGAGGGAGAGGACUUGAGUGAAUCAGAAAUUGAUAGAAGAGUGGGGAUACGGAGCACGGGGGAGAGAGCAGCGGGCGCGCAGGCAUGGGGAGGAGCGCCUGUGAAGGCAGCAGUGGGGCGGGGGGGGGCGGGGAGAGGGGGCGCAGGGAGUGCAGCGCGCGCAGAGGGGUGGCGCGCGCGGGAGGAGCGGGCGCGGGUGCUGGCGAGUGACAGUGAGGACGUAAGUGACGAGGAGGAGCGGGGGAGCAGGGGGAGAGAGAGAGGGAGCGGGAGGAAGAGUGAGAGGAGGGACAGCGAAAGCAUGAACUUGGGUAGGAAUGAUGGGCGGGGUAGUGCUGGCGUUGCUGGCAGUGCUCCUGGUGCUGCCAGUGCUGCGAGUGCUGGUGAUGCUGGUGGGUUUUGCAGUGAUCUCAGUGACAGCGAGUCGGAGGAGGAGGAGGAGCUGCGACAGCUGGCACGGGAACGGCAGCGGCUGCUGCAGGCAAAGCUCGGGCAGCAGAAACUCACGGCUUUGCACGAGAACGGGCUGCCCGAGAAAAACGCAGGGGGUGGCCGGCAGGGAGUAGCAGCUAGGGAGAGGGACGGCGAGGGGACAGUGAGCGAGGGGAAAAGCGGGGCGAAAGUGACAAGUGUGGCAGGGGAGAGGGGGGCAGAGGAGGAUGAUGAUGGGCUGGAGAGAGAGUGGGAGUGGGAAUGGUCUCGAGUAAGGCAGAACCAGCGAGUCACUGAGCUUAAGGCUGCGCCGCAUGGGUUAUUUUUCAAGAGUGCUUCUGUUGGGGGUGCUACUGCUGUGGUCAGCAGACCAGCAAAGGGUGCGGCAGGGGCAGAGGCAGAGGGGGAGGAGGUGGAGGAGGAGGAUGAGGAGGAGUGGGAGGAGAGUCCUGAGCAUGCACCUAGGGCGCAUUCACUGCCUCGUGUGGGUGGGUCGGCGGAUCCCCGUCUUCUUGGGUUCGUGAAGUCGCAGUCUUUGUCCACUAGUGGCCGCCCGACCACUGCUGACUCAGCAGCGGUUACCAGACGAAGUCGGUAUCUGAGGGGAGCAGCAGAGGGGCAACAGCAGCAGCAGCAGCAGCAGCAGCAGCAGCAGCAGAGGCCCCCACCUUGGAGACAACCCCAUGGGAUGAGCAGAGAGAGGGAUGUGGGGGAGGGACAGGGGCGGGCAGUGGGGCGAGACGCGUGGAGAGACGGCGGGAGGGAUGUGGGGAGGGAGGUUGGGAGGGAGGGAGACCCAGGUGCAGCAGUGAGACAGGGAGUAACGCCAACAGCACGCAGAAGAUCAAUGGAAGGGGAAGGAAUAGCAGGGGGCGAGGGUGGGGGGAAGGGCUUACCUGUGCGGGCCCGUGCAGUGCAGCAGCUGCGAACAGGUGGAGGAGGGGAAGGGGUCAGGGGCGGGGGAGGGGGAGGAGGCGGGGGAGGCGGAAGGGGGAGGCACAGGAGGACGAGCUCUGAUCCACAGAUAGGGGCAGCGGUGCUGGCACGGAGAGGGGUGGGUGUGGGGAGGAGUGGGCUGGCUGGGAGCCGUGCAGGGGAGAGGGCAGGGGAGGGAAGCGGGCCAGGGAGAGAGAGUGGAGUGCAAGGGAGAACAAUGGGGUCUGAAGGGGUGGAUAAGGGUGGAGAGCGGCGAGGUCAGGACGGAAGAGCGAGAGUGGAGGGAUCAGCGGCAGUGGAAGGAGGGGGGUGUGAGUUGAAGGGGGAAGAGAUGGCUGCAUCUCAGGAGCCUGCUUUGGAAAGGGAGCUCACGUUCAGGCUCGGCUGA